GCUAUAGGGGACUUAACCUCAAAGGCAGAAGAAGACACAUCUGGAGCACUGAUUUGGAAACAGAACGAGAUUAAUAAAGGUUUAUGGAGCAUUAAUCAAAUCUGCGGAAUUGUUCAUUGUAAAAAAUGGAGCGCAUUAAAUUAGAGAUCAUGGAUAUGAAUGAGGAAGAACCCUGUAAAGUGAAAGAUGAAGAUACUGAGGAACAUAGCGUUCUGAUGGAGGUGAAAGAAGAACAUCCAGAACUAGACGAUACAGAGGAAAACCAUCAAGAAUCUGUGACCUCCUCACACACUGACAAGAAAAUCUCCCAGAAAAGAAAAUCCUUCACAUGUGAUCUGUGUGGAAAUAGUUUUGUGCGUAAAACAGUCCUGAAGGAUCACAUGAAGAUUCACACCGGAGAAAAACCUUAUUUGUGUGAUCAGUGUGGACGGAGAUUCACGCGCAGACAUCUCCUGAACGAACACAUGCGAAGUCACACCGAGGAGAAGCCUUACACGUGCUCUCAGUGUGGGAAGGGUUUCUCACUGAGUGAAAACCUCAAGAUUCACAUGAGCAUCCACACCGGAGAGAAGCCGUUCACAUGUGAUCAGUGUGGGAAGAGUUUCAUGCGUAAAGGUAUCCUGAGCAAUCACAUGCGCAGUCACACCGGAGAGAAACCUCACGUGUGUGUGGAGUGUGGAAAGGGUUUCGCACUUAAAGAAAACCUGAAGUCCCACAUGAGAAUCCACACCGGAGAGAAGCCGUACACAUGUAGCGAGUGUGGACAUAGCUUUACAUUUAAAGGAAACCUUAACUAUCACUUACGGAUUCACACUGAAGCGACGCCUUUCACGUGUCAUCUGUGUGGGAAGAGUUUCACGCAGCCGGACACCCUCUCAUAUCAUCUGCGCUGUCACACCGGAGUAAAGCCCUUUAAAUGUGAAGAGUGCGGCAAAGCGUUCAUCCUGGCCUCACAUCUGAAGAAGCACAUGAUGGCUCACGCCAGCGAGAGGGCUUACUUCUGCUCUGUUUGUGGGAAGACUUUUUCACGGCGGGACUGUUUUAAACUGCACCUCAAGAUUCACACCGGCGUGAAAGUUCACGUGUGCUCUGUGUGCGGGAAGAGUUUCAGAAGAGCCGGAGAACUGAAGGGUCACUACAGAGUCCACAGCGGAGAAAAGCCCUACAAGUGCUCGCUCUGCGACAAGAGUUUCAGCUCAUCAUGCACUCGACAGAAACAUGUCCGAAAGCACUGUCCGAAGAGGCCAAAGUGAGCAGUCUGCUGUAACCCUGAACAAAUUCAACAAAAAGCACAACUGGACAAACAAAACAGAUCUAAUUAAAGUGACUUUUAUGCACAGACCACUGCUCAUAUUUGUUGCAUAAUGAUGCAUUUAAAAGUAAAAUGGUUUAAAUUGUUGUUGCAUAUGAAAUAUAACACAGAUAGCAUUAAAU